CAUAGAAAAGAAGAAGGGAAGAAGGGUAUAAUUGUCAAUCGCCUAAAAACUUUUGAGAAAUUUCGAUUCUUGAAUAAUACCUCAGGUACCUGCAAGUAAACCUCAAACUUUGCUCAACAAUGGCGGCCACUUCUUUCCUUAUCUUCAUCUCAUUUCUCUCUCUCGCCGCUCCCCGAUCUCUCUCCGCCGCCUCCCCGUACCUCUCCCCCGCCACCUUCUUCAAGAAUUACGAAAGGAUGCUCUCAACUUUCAAGAUUUUCAUUUACGCCCCGCAAAAACCCUUCAAUUACACCGCCACGCCCUCCUCCUCCCUCCACGCUGCCCUCCUUCACAGCCCGUUUCUGACGGCAGACGCCGAUGAAGCUCACCUCUUCUUCAUCCCUUUUCCCCCCGACAUCUCCACGCGCUCUCUGGCGCGUCUGGUUCGCGAGCUCCGGUGGAAUUUCCCGUUCUGGAACCGGACCCUCGGAGCGGACCAUUUCUUCGUCCACCCCUCCGGAAUCGACUUCUCCGCCGACCGGAACAUUCUCGAGCUGAAGAAGAACUCCGUGCAGAUCUCCAUUUUCCCGACCGUCUCCGGGCUCUUCAUCCCGCACAAGGACGUCACCUUCCUCCCGCACGCGCCGCCGUCGCUCCCACACGCGCCGCGGAACGGAACGGCGGAGUUCCUCGGGUACCUGAAGUGGGACGGGAAGACGGAGAAGGAGCUGGUCGAGGAUUUGAAAUCGGACGGCGAGUUCGCGAUCGAAUCUCAGCCGUCGGAUCAUCUCGGUAGGGUGAAGAGCAGCAAGUUCUGCGUCUUCCUUUACAACGGCGGCGUUUCGUGGCUGCCGGAGGCGAUGGCGCACGGCUGCGUGCCGGCGGUGAUCGUGGACCGUCCGAUUCAGGACCUGCCGCUGAUGGACGUCCUGAGAUGGGGGGAGAUGGCGGUGCUGGUGGGGCCCGCAGCCGGGGCGAGCGGGUUGAAGAGACUGCUACGUGGCGUGAAGGAGGAGGACUACGGGAGAAUGAGGAGAUCGUGUGCUUCGGCGGCCCACCAUCUGCGGUGGAACGCCGAAGCUCAGCCGUACGAUGCUUUCCACAUGUUGAUUUAUCAGCUGUGGCUGAGACGACACACGGUUCGGUACGCGAGAAGAGAGCCGCCCAAUUUGGAGUCUUGAGAACCGGUUAAUUGACAUAUCAGUUGUCUAUUGUGAAUUCUCAAAUCUCGUAAUUAAAUUUUAAACAAGUUCUUGUUUUCCAAACUCCUUGGUUCUUAUGACAUCGGAAAUCAAUUUCAUAAGAUAACCUGGGAUACUUCAGUGCUCAUUCGUAAAAUUGAUGAUUCCUAUCCUUAACUCCCGAUAAACUCCCUCACCCCGACCCAAUCUGAACAACCCCCACCCCCUGCACCUCCAAGUUAAUUUGGACUUUGGACACAAAUUUUGACUCCAAAAUCCAAAUUAACUUGGGAGUGUAAU